AAAUCUUCAAAAGACGAGAGCCCAAAACCAAGGAAGGAUGACAGUAAGUUGCCAUCAAACCCCAAAGAAGUAGAAGACUUGCGCCGCGAUUCUGCUGCAAAUCCAUUGAUUGCUUUCACAUACGAUGAGCUGAGAAUAAUCACCGGAAACUUCAGGCAAGAUCGCGUUCUGGGUGGAGGAGGCUUCGGAAGCGUUUAUAAAGGGUUCAUUUCUGAGGACUUGAGGGAAGGGCUGCCGUCCAUUCCGGUUGCUGUUAAGGUUCAUGAUGGUGAUAACAGUUAUCAAGGCCAUAGAGAAUGGCUGGCAGAAGUCAUAUUUUUGGGGCAACUCUCUCAUCCAAAUUUGGUUAAAUUGAUUGGUUACUGUUGCGAAGAUGAACAGCGGGUACUAAUAUACGAGUACAUGGCUCGCGGUAGUGUUGAGAACAACCUAUUUUCCAAAGUAUUGCUUCCUCUUUCAUGGUCUAUCAGAAUGAAGAUUGCGUUCGGCGCUGCAAAAGGACUAGCCUUUCUUCAUGGCGCAGCAAAACCUGUCAUUUAUCGCGACUUCAAGACAUCUAACAUUCUGUUAGACACAGACUACAAUGCCAAGCUUUCUGAUUUUGGCCUUGCAAAAGAUGGACCAGAGGGAGACAAAUCUCAUGUUUCGACUCGCAUAAUGGGAACAUAUGGAUAUGCCGCACCUGAGUAUAUAAUGACAGGUCAUUUGACACCAAGAAGUGAUGUAUAUAGUUUUGGAGUUGUUCUUCUCGAGCUUUUGACGGGAAGAAAAUCUCUAGACAAGUCGAGGCCGGCGAGAGAGCAAAACCUAGCGGAUUGGGCUCUACCAUUGCUGAAAGAAAAGAAAAAAUUGCUCAACAUUGUUGAUCCAAGAUUAGAAGGAGAUUAUCCAAUCAAAGGAGUUCACAAGGCAGCAAUGCUAGCAUACCAUUGCUUGAACCACAAUCCAAAAGCAAGGCCUCUAAUGAGGGAUAUUGUAGAUUCCUUGGAGCCUCUGCAAAUUCCUGAUGAAGUUCCCGCUCAAAAAAUCACAGUUCUAACUGUGAUUAGUGAGGAACCAAAUCCUGAGUUUACAAGAAAAGAAGAUCAUUAG